AUGUCAGCUAAAAAACAGGAACAAAUUCAACAAUUUUUGACAAACAAAGUGAAUGUAAUAAUGAGCUCAUAUAAAACUGAUUCAGCAACUAAUGAGCCUGUUUAUUACCUAAAAGAUUCCAAGAAUGUGCUUUGGGAAUGGUUUUACAAAGAAUAUCCGGAUGGUAUGAAACAUUCAAGUUUUUAUGUAUAUUUACAAGGAAAUCAAUAUAUAUACCGUGAAAAUCUGGGUGGACUUUGUCAAACCUGUUCAAAAUAUGGAUACGAUACUUUUGAUGAAAUCAGUGAUUAUAUUCAGGGUAAUAUAAAAUGCCAUUAUACAGUAUUCAGUAAUGGGAAAAAUUCUUUGCCUGGUAAUUCGAAUUGGUUCGAGUGGCAAUGGCCUAUUACAGGAAAGUUUGCUGGAUGUAUUUUGAUGCAUGCUAUUUCUAAUAUCAGAAAUUGGAAGAUAUUUUCACCUGCAGACUUAGAGAAAUUAUGCAAAAAGGACAUUCAUAAACCCAAUCCAGAGAUUUCUACUCAUACUACACCUUGUUCUGACUGGGAAAUAUCUAUUCCAAAUACUUCACACCUUAAUCCGACAUGUCUCAAUAAACGAAAUUUGAUAAAAGAACUAAGCUUGAGAGGAAUAGAGGUAAACGAAAAAGAAAACAGAAGUAUACUAGUAUUAAAUUUGAAGAUCCAGCUAGAAAAUGAUAUCAAAAAUGCUAAACUAGGUUGUGAUAUAAACCCUGGUGUUUUGAUAAUAUCUAGUACGAAUACUAUAAAUUUUUCAUUACCAUCAGGAUGGGCAUUAAAAAAGAAGCAAAAAUAUAGAGAAAAGGGAAUUGGAAAAAGAAUUGCAAAAAAUGAAGCAGACAAAAGUGAUCACUAUACCGCGCAAGAUAUGUAUGAAGCUCUUCAGCAAAGGGUACUUGAGGGUGAAAUUGAGGCCGAAGCUAUUCCAAAAGUAUCUACUAUUCAAAGCUGGAUAGGCUAUUAUACUCGUCAAUAUCGUGAAUAUGCAGCUCAGAUGG